CGCAGAUGCUGGUGAAGCAGAAGGAGGCCAACAGGCAGAGCAUGAUCCUGCUGCAGAACGCGGCGCCCAGCGCCCAGCUGCUGCAGGCCCUGGACGAGGUGGCGAGCCUGACGCGGACGCUGGAGGAGGCCAAGCAGGAGCACCUGGAGAAGGUGCAGGCUCUGGAGGAGCAGCUGCAGGAGAGGCAGCAGCAGGAGCAAGCGGCCCUGGCGGAGGCCCAUGCGGAGAAACUGCAGCCGGGGGAGGGGGCGGGGGCGGGGUCACCCCCGCCAUGCUCUGGCCCCCACCCGCGCACCCUGCACUGA